CUAAGUCUUAUCAACCGUAUUUUGAAUGUAAAUAAACAAAACGGACUUAAUUUUAAUAUUCAGCAUUUAAUAUUUUCUAAAAUACAUUCCGAACUAUAAACAAUGAACAUUGUUUAAAAUGAAAUCCGGAAAAUUGAUCGACAUAAGCAAAUCUUCUUUGAUAAGCUUGAAAGCAGAGCUUGCAAGGAAGCAGGAAGAAGCGAAGAAGAUCAAAGGUGAUGAGUCGUACGUAAAACUCACUCCUAAACCUAAACCACUGCCAAAAGUCAAUCCAGGGGUUGAAGAAAGAAACAUAAAAGAUCAAGAGCUAACAUCUGAAGAAGUAGAUUUGCUCAAGAAAUCAAAAGAGGUUUUGGAAAUAAAAGCUUCGCUGUAUGAAAAGCUUCAGAGUGGCGCUUUAAUUUCAGAAGAUGGAAAAGAAAGAUACUUAGUUGACUUUGGUCGAAAAUCACCUCCACCACAGCCAAGCAGGUCAAUUGACAAAAUAGAUCCUACACUAAAUGCUGAUUAUUCAAAAUUCGCAAGUGAUCCAGAAAAAAACAGAGAAAAUACAUACAAUGCUGAUGAGAAUAAAAGGGACAGCAUGCCUGUCGGGCCCAGUUAUAAAUUUGUCGAUGAAGACUGGGUAGAGUAUACGGAUUGUCUUGGUAGGACGAGGAAGUGUCACAAGUCAGAUCUGGAAUCGAUGCAGGACCGAGACAGAGUCCUAGCUAAGACUUUGCACAAAGAACAAGCGGCGAACAUUUUGUCAAACCCUAACAUUACUGAGGAGGAGUUGGCCGAGAAGGAGAUGAUAUCGCAUGACAUGCACUUGGAGCUGUUGCGAAAAAAAUGGGAAGAGAAGGAACGCGAGCUGUUGGAAAAAGACAAAGUUCACUACGAAGAUAUCCUAUUCGAUGAGGCAAGAAGCCAUGGCGUGGGUUACUGGAAGUUCUCAACCGACCCCGAGAAGAGAGAGGCAGAACAGGAGAUGUUGCGUAAAGUGAGAUCAGAGACAGAGAAGAGGCAAAAAGAAGCUAAAGCGCUGAGGGAUAGAAGGGAACAUCAGAGGCAAGCGAGGCUCAUCGCCGCCAGGCAGAGACAGAGGGCCAGGCUCGGCCUGCCGCCCAUCGAAUUCACCGAACAACCUCAAGAGGAAAUAGAGGAAGAACCUGUAGAAGAAAUUAAAGAAAGUUUGGAGAUCAAACUUCAAAAAGCGGCUCAUGUCAGGCCUUGGGACGUUGGAAAAGACGGUGUCCAGAAUCCACCUAUGUCACAAGCGGAAUGGGUUGCGAAAAAACGUUCAGAAAGGCCGAAAGAAUUCGCUCCCGUUUAUGUUGAAGACACUGAGUCGAGACACAAGAAAUUCGACAUUUCAAGCAUCCCCCUGCCUGAUGAGCCAUUGCCUGAAGAAUCCAACCCACUCCAGUCAAGGACGAAGAACUUCCUUAAGAAACGAAAAGAGAAAGAAGAAGCCUUGAAAGCUGAGAAGAAAGGCGCUGAAAUCCCUCCUCCGAUGGACUUCGAUUACCACACGCCAAACGUCAACCAACGAAAGCACACCACUUCCAUCGACCACAAAAGUACUGCUGAAGCGAUUGACGCCGGUCUCAGACUCUUGAGAGAACAGUUUGAAAGAGAUCAGAAAGCAACACCAAAAGGCACUUUAUAAUGUUUUUACAAUUAAAUAUAAUGCAUUUAUUUUUACUUGAUCAA